UCCAAUCCUAUCUGCUUCUGCUUUAACUGCUUUCUGCUAUAGCUCCAAAAAAAGUUCUUCCGGUAGCCUUUCCCCGUUGUUAUUUCUUCGGAAAAGACAAUAGAAUGGCUGAUACUGCAAAACCAGCAGCCAAGCCCAAGGCUGAAAAGAAGCCAGUAGAAAAGAAAGUCGCUGAAAAACCUGGUGAGAAGAAAGCUAAAGUUGACAAGAAAGACAAAAAGUCCAUUGAAAAGAAAGUCAAGCCUGUCAAGAGGAACAUUAAGAAGCGUUAUGGACGUUUGUAUGCCAAGGCAAUUUUCACUGGAUUCAAGAGAGGGCUGCGCAAUCAGCAUGAGAACACAGCUUUGUUAAAUGUUGAAGGCUGCACAUCUAAAGCUGACAGCUGGUUCUAUGUUGGAAAGAAGUGUGUCUUUGUAUACAAGGCCAAGAACCGCACUCCUGUUCCCGGCCACACAGGCAAGAAGACCAACGUGAGAGCAAUCUGGGGGAAAGUGACGAGGCCGCACGGUUGCUCUGGCGCUGUCAGGGCUAAGUUCAAGCGCAACCUGCCUGCCAUCGCUAUGGGCAAGAGGAUCAGGAUUAUGCUGUACCCCUCUCGCAUCUAAUGCCUAUUUUAUUGUACAACUUUUAAUUUUCAAUAAAAACAUAAAAGACCAUAA